UAAACAACAAAACAAAUACACGUGAUGAAGUGACAAGUUUACUUGAUUAAUUAUAUACUAAUCUUUAAAUGGAUAAUUUAAUCCAGUUGUGUAAAAUUAGUUAAUGCAUAAUUUAUUGUAACAAUUUAAUUAUUAAACUUCCCUCGACAAUAUAAAAAGAUAUCUUGUUUUCCUCCCCAAAAAAAUCUCAUUGUUUACAUUAAAUUUUGUAAAUAAAAUUAUUAUUAAUCUUUAAAAAUCAAAAACUACAAAAUGCCGCCAGAACUUUUUGAUAAUGAAUUGAUUCAAUAUAAACUAACAGAAACGGAACAUGAUCUUGUUAGAUCAUUAAAUAUGAAUGAAGAUGAAACAUUUGUUGAACCAACUCCAGUAGUUUUCGUUGAAGGAUUUUUAGGUCCUGGAAAACCUGCUUAUUGGGGUCCACUUGAAAAAAUAUUUUCUUCUUCCGAUGAUAGAAAUAAUAAAAAUCAAAAAUUAAAAAAUAGACGAUGUAUUUAUAUUACUCCUGGUUGUGUAAGUUCUUUACACGAUAGAGCCAUCGAAAUUUUUUAUCAAAUUAAAGGUGGAAGAGUUGAUUAUGGUGAAGAACAUUCUAAAAAAUAUGGUCAUUCUCGUUAUGGUCGUGAAUACCCAGGGUUAUAUCCGGAAUGGAGCGCGUCCAAACCAUUACAUUUUCUUGGCCAUUCUCUUGGUGGUGUAACCAUUUGGAAACUCCAACAGUUAUUGGCUAGUGACAUUUUUCCCAAUUACCUUAAUCCACAUCCUGAUAUGAUACUUUCUCUUACUGCAGUAUCUUCUCCAUUAAAAGGAAGCCAAAGUGUAUAUCUUUUAGGAGCCACAACUGAUUCAACUGGAAAAGUUCGUCCUUUCUCUUUCGGUGCAUGGCUUGGUAGACUCGUUCAUAUUUAUGAGUAUUUAGAUAUUAAAUGGUUAAAAAGUAUAACUUAUGAUUUUAAUGUAGAUCAUUGGAAUUUAAGUUUUCGUAAAAAUUGGGAUUUUUCUUCAUUAUUACCUUGGAAUAUCAAAAAAGCUACCAACACUUUAAUAGAAGAAAAGAAUGAAUUGAUGCAAGAAACGGCAAAUUCAUUGUGUUUAACAUAUGGUUUAUUACAAUGUUUGUAUAAAAGCCCUUGGUUUAAUUGUGUAGAUAACGCUCCUUAUGAUAUGACUAUACAUGCUAUGAAAGAACUUAAUGUUACAAGUAAAACUUUCGAAAAAACAUUUUAUAGGACUUAUGUCGCGUCUAUUACGUGUGAAGAUCAUGUAACAAACUAUCAUCAACCGAAAUUUUCAUUUUCUCUUCCAAUUCCAAUUUACUUUCUCUCCAAAUAUACUGGAAGUUUCAAAUUUCCUGAAAAUACACCAGAUCCACCAAUUUCAUAUGAAGAAAUGUAUAAAUGGUAUGAAAAUGAUGGAAUAUGUCCAAAAUAUUCCCAAGUACAUCCUCAUCAUGAUUGUUCACCAGAUAAAUGUAAACAUCAAAAAGGAUUACCCGAAGGCGCUGCUUUGUGUAAAAUUGAAGCCGGUAUAUGGGACGUUUGGGAAAAUGACAAUACUUCUCAUUUUGGUCUCAUAUCUGUUUGUUAUGAAUCACAUAAACAAAAAUUAUUUUUUAAAGGUUAUAAAGAAUAUUUAGAUCAAAUAGAUAAAUUAUAUAACAGGUAACAUGUGGUACACGAUAUUUUUUUCUUGAUAAAUUUUCUUCAAACUAUAAUUAAUAUAGCUUAUGAUCAUUUGGCAUACAAGUUUUAAUAGAAUAAAAAAAUUUUAUGCAUAGACAUGUCAAAAUAUAAA